CUCUUUGGUAGUGGUACUUCUAAGCUGCUUAUAGGGUCAUGUGGAUACUAUAAUUUUUAAUGUUAUAAUAUAUCAAGAAAACUACAAGUUUAGUAAAUAUUAAAUAAUAUAUAUAACAGUAGAGGCAUACAAUUAAUUAAUUGAAAUAUAACGUACUCACUCAGUGAAGACGAUAUCAUAAAGAAUUAUAUUACUUUAUUUAAUUAAGGAAGAACAGAUUACUUGAAAUAUUAUCCCAGUAUAUUUAUACAAUGGCGCAGGUCAAAAAUAACAAGAAACUCAAGUGGUCUCUAGACUACAACACAAAAUCUCGAUCACAAUCAGUUGACAUACCAUCCCCUCCUGGAUAUAGUCAGUCAUUAAGUUCAAGUUAUGUUGAAUCAUCUAAAGAUUCCGAUUCAAAUCUACUGUUGAUUAAAAAGUUAUGGGAUGUGGCAUUAGGUCCUCUCAAACAGGUGCCAAUGAAUCUUUUCAUAAUGUACAUGGCAGGAAAUUCUAUUUCAAUAUUUCCUAUCAUGAUGGUUGGAAUGCUGAUUGUUCGUCCUGUUAAGGCUCUAUUCUCGACUCAAAGCACAUUUAAAAUAGUUGAAGGAACUCAAGCUGUGGGCCAAAAGAUUGUUUACAUGUUUGGAAAUAUCGUUAACAUAUUACUGGCCUUAUAUAAGUUUCAAAGUAUGGGAUUAUUGCCUACACACUCCAGUGACUGGCUUGCAUUUGAAGAGCCUUUGACAAGAGUUGAACAUAUUGGAGGUGGUUUGUCAAUGUUGUAAAUAAAAAAUGUUAUAUAUUCAAUAUUUAUUAAAUUGGUACUACAUUAUAAGAUAUUUA